AUGCAGAGUUGGAAUUUGCCAUCCAGCCCAACACUACAGGAAAACAACUUUUUGAUCAGUGUGCUGGAACAACAUAAAUUGACAAAAGAACAGUGGGAAGAGAGGAUACAGAACUGGCAUGAAGAGCAUAGGGGAAUGUUAAGGGAAGAUUCCAUGAUGGAAUAUCUAAAAAUUGCACAAGAUUUGGAAAUGUACGGAGUCAACUAUUUUGAAAUUAAGAACAAAAAGGGAACUGAGUUAUGGCUUGGUGUCGAUGCAUUGGGUUUAAAUAUUUAUGAGCAUGGGGACAAGUUGACACCCAAGAUCGGCUUUCCUUGGAGUGAAAUCAGAAAUAUUUCAUUUAAUGACAAAAAAUUUGUGAUAAAGCCCAUCGACAAAAAAGCACCUGAUUUUGUUUUUUAUGCACCACGCCUGAGAAUUAAUAAGCGAAUAUUGGCACUGUGUAUGGGAAACCACGAGCUAUACAUGAGGAGGAGAAAGCCAGAUACAAUUGAAGUACAACAGAUGAAGGCCCAAGCUAGAGAAGAAAAACACCAAAAACAGUUGGAGAGAGCACAGCUAGAGAAUGAGAAAAAGAAAAGGGAAAUAGCAGAAAAAGAAAAGGAAAGAAUAGAACGUGAAAAAGAGGAAUUGAUGGAACGGCUAAGACAAAUUGAAGAACAGACAAUGAAGGCGCAAAAAGAACUAGAAGAGCAGACUAGAAGAGCUCUUGAGCUGGACCAAGAACGAAAGAAAGCAAAAGAGGAAGCAGAACGCCUGGAGAAAGACCGUAGAGCUGCAGAAGAAGCGAAAGCUGCUCUGGCAAAACAGGCUGCUGAUCAGAUGAAGAAUCAGGAGCAGCUAGCAGCAGAGCUUGCUGAAUUCACUGCUAAGAUUGCACUUUUGGAAGAGGCCAAGAAAAAGAAGGAAGAAGAAGCCUCAGAAUGGCAACACAAAGCUUUUGCAGCACAAGAAGAUCUAGAAAAGACCAAAGAAGAACUGAAGACUGUGAUGUCAGCUCCUCCCCCGCCUCCUCCUCCCCCUCCCCCUCCUCCGCCUGUUGUUCCACCAACAGAAAAUGAACAUGAUGAACAGGAUGAGAAUCAUGCUGAAGCUAGUGCAGAAUUGGCCUCUGAUGAUGCUGUGAAUCACAGAACCGAGGAAGAGCGUGUAACGGAAACACAGAAGAAUGAACGUGUUAAAAAACAGCUCCAGGCCCUGAGUUCUGAGUUGGCCCAAGCCAGAGAUGAAACGAAGAAAACCCAGAAUGAUGUCCUUCAUGCGGAGAAUGUUAAAGCGGGCCGUGAUAAAUACAAGACUCUUCGACAGAUCCGACAAGGCAAUACAAAGCAACGCAUUGAUGAAUUUGAAGCAAUGUGAGAGCUGUUACUUUGCAUAUAUGUUCAUUAAGCUUGAACCACCAGCAGAGAAACACAGGCCUUUCCACUUGUGAAAGGAACACACCCCACCUUGCCAAAGCACUUAUACCAGUUUGUGGUUAAAAACACAUUUCAUGAAAGCCGUUCAACAAUAAGGCAGCCUGCCCGCUAUGACUCUUGGGGAUGGGGUUAGCAGUUUCUAUUAUCUCAUAUCAUAUAUUCUUAUUCUUUGUCCUCUGAAGGACUACAGUGGUAUCAUGCUGACAAAAGCUGUUAACCUAAGCAUUGACCAUUUCAAAGAACACUAGAUUUUACUUUAUAAAAUUGGCCAUAGAUUUGGCAUGGGUGCACUUUCUAAUGUUAUUUUUAGUUUAGCAAAUUUGCAAGAAUUUUGAUAAUGCUGAUUUAUCAUGGGUUUUAUGGUCCUCCCUCCCCGAAAGGAGAAAUUAUCUGGUGUUUCACGCCCUGUCAUCAUUGAUGGUUUUCUUUGCCUACCUGUCACAAAGGUCUAGAGGAUGACUGUUCAGUAUACUUUUUUCUUGUAAAAAAAAGUGGAACGUUACCUGUGAUCUCUUAUAUAGUUCUCUUUUACCAGAGUUUUUAGUGUUUCUAGUAGGAAUAGGAAAAAGUGAAGUUCUUUUGGUUCUCUCCCCGUGCAUUCUUUUAGUAUGAAUUGCAGUAUGGGAAACAUGGACCUUUCUGGCAAGGGAGCAUAUGAAAACAUCAGUCCCAAAGAGGGGACAGUAUCCUACCUCACUACUAUUGACAUGAUGACUUGGUCCUUCAAACACCAUGUUGAGAUGCUAACUAUGCUAAGCUGGGUUCUCCAUAGCUGAACACUACACAAAUCUAGGAGCCUUUACUUUUGAAUAUUAUGUUCUAUUGCAGAUAGAUUUAUAGUACGCAAAAUGUGUUCAGCUGCCUUUUUGUCGAUUAAAACUGUGCAUCUUGAACUUUACCUUUUUAAAUAAUGUAACUUGUCACUAUAUACUAUCCAGUGGGAGUGUAUGAACUGUAUGAGUACAUUUCCUGGAUUCCUCUGUACCAAAUUAAUAUUGCUGCGGGGCUCAUUUCUUAAUGAAGUCUGUGCGUAAAACACCAUCUAAGAGUGCACUCUAAGGCCCUUUCAACAUGUUCUUCAUGUUCUUUCCUGAUAACUGAAGAUACAAGGGAGGAAACAGUCUUCAUUUAUACGGAAUAUAGUGACAGGAAUUGUGGCACAACCAGGAGCAGAUGAGUUUCAUGAACAACUUAUUCAGUUGAAGUUCAGCAUGCAUUCAAUGAAUAUAGAAUGUAUGUGUAGAAUCCAAGUUGAAUCACUCUUAUCUAGAAUGUCUUGGAAUGACUAAUCAAAAUUGGGCAUCUUGAGGAUCAUGUUGAUAGAAAAUAAACUGAAAUAUGUACCGUGUUUCUAGGUCUUUAAGUAGAAGAUGGGAGAAAGAAGCCCUGCUUUCUCUGAGGAUGGUUCAGCUAUCUUCUAAGUAUUAUGCACUCAAAAUUUACAUUUAUCUAUUACAAUUGCCAUUUUAUUGAAUUUCCAUGCACAAGUUCCUUAUGAACCUGGUUGAAGGGGUUUCCCUUGAAUUUAAAUGAGAUCCAUCAAAGGGAAUGGGGUGGAUAUAUUAUGAAAAGGAAAGACAUACAUACACAAAUUUAUUAUUUUUGGAUAAAGGUAGCUGGCUAACCUUGUAUAGACUAGCGUGCAAAUGUUGUGCACAUGCCCAAAAACACUGUUUGAUUGCCCUGGGCGUUUCUACUUCCUGUUGCAGAAAAUGGGUCAAACAUUUUGCAUUUUUUUCAUGCAGUGAAUUACAAAACCUGUAUUUCUGAAGUGUUCAAAAACUUUGCCAUAGAUGGCAUGCAGUGCAUCGGUUUCCCCUGAAAUGUAUGCACAUGCAUUGACAUGCUAGUCUAUAAGUGUGAGGGGUGGGGGAGUACCAAUCAGAUUUGCUGUUCAUUCUCUACAAUGUAUAGCUUAGUAUUUAAAUGGAUCUAAUUCAUUUAUAAAACUGUGUGAAUUUUUCUAAGCAAUCAGGAAUUAACCUCUAUAGCAGGGUUUUUCACCAUGAACAAAAUUAUGGUGAUGCUUGUCACCAGCUGUUGGGGGAAACACUUCCACAUGCUUCCCCUCUUCUUCCCCCUCCCUUCCUUAGCAUCAUGUUUUGUGUUGUAAAAUUAAGCUACAGUAAAUAACACCUAUUAUUUUGGAUAACAUUCAUUGGCUAACAAUAAAGAGAAUACAGUUCAUUUUUCUGAGGUCCACUGUUGUUAUUUAAUCCCACGUAGAAUUACCUGGUUCUUCCGUGUAAACUUAACUUUCUUAGAACCAGUAAAUAAAUAUCGAAAACAUGCAUGAUAACAAUGGGACAGAAGUGCAAUUCAAAUGGAAGCAGACAUUUGGGAGGGAAAUGAGCAGUAGCAUGUCACCCAUGCUUGUGUGUGAGGAAGGAGUAAUUGUGGAAUCAAUAAGAUGAAUCAUUAGCACAAAAUUGUUCUCAGGGACAAAGAGCAAGGUGAAGCCACAGAUGUGCAUGUGGCAGAGUUUAGACCUUUCUCCCUGAUGCCUUUUGUGAGGUGACCUGCUUGCAUAGAUGUGCCUGCAUGCUUGAAUCCACCUGGUUUAGCCACAUGAAGGUACGUGGGUUGUAAAAGAUGUUGCUGCAGAACCAUAUAUAGACUUUAGAGGAAGUUCAUUUGAAUAUUAUCGACAAAGGUUGCACAUGAAGUAAUUUAGUUUUUUUAAAUGGCAAAACUGUGCUGCCUAGUUUGUGAAAUUUAGAAUAUCUAAAACAUAUUCCAUGUGUACACCAGUUUAUGCUCAACUGCUACUAAGUUUGUGAUACAGGUUAUGCACAACUUCCUGCACUCAUAUAAAUAUAUGACAGUUCAUGCAAAUAAAAACUGCUCAUCUGAGCCCCUACU